AUGAACAUCGCACAGCCCGUCUCUUCCGACGUCGACAGCGUUGAGUUCACUUUCCUUUCGCCGAAGGAGAUACGCGCAAUCUCUGUCAAGCGCAUCGAGAACGACAGUACUUUUGACAAUCUCCUGAACCCUGUUCCCGGAGGUCUUUACGACCCUGCUCUUGGUUCAUGGGGUGACUCACCAUGCACAACAUGUAACCUGAACCAGAACAACUGCCCAGGCCAUCCUGGGCACAUCCAGCUACCUGUCCCGGUGUACCACCCCAUCUUCCUCGACCAAACAUACCGCCUCCUCCGAGCCGCUUGUGUCUACUGUAAAGGGUUUCGCCUGCCCCAGAAGGACCUGCAUAAGUACGUCUGUCAGCUGCGACUGCUGCAGCACGGCUUGAUCAACGAAGCUCAUAUGGUCGAGUCUGUCGGCGAGAACGAUGCUGGUAUCUCUGCCAGCGAUCUGGGUAUUGACGACGUCGAGAGCGAGGCUGAAGAGGAGGGAAACAACUCGGUCAACAACGUCGUGCGGGCCCGUGAAAAGUAUGUGGAGCAGUGCCUCAGCGGGACUGAUCUUAAGCGAGGUGAUACUUCUAAGGGCAAGCAUGAAGGUGCCACCGAGAUGCGCCGCGAGGUUAUCAAGAACUUCCUUGCUGAACUCACGGCCAAGAGGAUCUGCGCCAGCUGCGGAGGUAUCAGCCCGACCUACCGCAAGGACCGAUUUGUCAAGAUCUUUGAGAAGGCCCUCUCGGACAAGGAAAAGUCCAAGAUGGCCCAGAAGAGCAUGAAGCGCAACGACGCUAUGGCCAGGGUCUUCCAGAGCAGCAAUAAGCACAAGCCCAACGGCUACUCGUCGGACGAGGGUGUUGGCGACUUAGACAUGUCCGGUGCCGACAAGCAGGACGUUUCCAUGGUGGAUGUCGACCAAGCCAUGUCAUCGGCGCCACAGCGUUACAUAAGCGCCAUGGAAGUCCACGCCAGACUCACCGAGCUCUUCAGGAAGGAGCAGGAUUUGAUUUUCCUCCUCUACAACUCCAGGCCCCGCACCAGGACCACGCCCAAGGUGACGCCCGAUAUGUUCUUCAUAACCCACAUCCUCGUCCCUCCGAAUCGCUUCCGCCCGGAGGCCCGAACCGGCGACUCUUCCAUCUCGGAAGCUCAGCAGAACUCGCUGUACAAGAACAUCUUGAGGACGUGUGGCAGGAUCGCUCAGAUUCACAAGGGUCUCAACGAUGGCAAGGGAAACAUCAACCAGCUUCACCAGGCAUGCGCUGAGCUUCAGGAAGCCAUCAACUCCCUCAUCGACAAAGACAAAAACCCUGUCCAAGGUGCUGCCGCGGCACGCAACGAGGACGGUAUUAAGCAGAAGCUUGAGAAGAAGGAGGGACUUUUUCGCAAGAACAUGAUGGGAAAGCGAGUCAACUACGCCGCUCGCAGUGUCAUCUCCCCCGACCCCAACAUCGAGACCAACGAGAUUGGUGUGCCGCCCGUCUUUGCCAAGAAGCUGACGUACCCCGAGCCCGUCACGAGCCACAAUUUCCGAGACAUGCAGCAGGCUGUCAUCAACGGUGUCGACAAAUGGCCUGGAGCGUUCGCCAUUGAGAAUGAGAAUGGCCAGAUUCUCAGCCUCCGCAAGAAGACUGUCGACGAGAGAAUAUCCCUAGCCAACCAGCUCCUCGCCCCCUCGAGCACCAGUGCCGCCAAGACGCGCAACAAGAAGGUCUACCGCCAUCUAACUAACGGAGAUGUCGUCCUCAUGAAUCGUCAGCCGACGCUGCACAAACCUUCCAUCAUGGGUCACCGCGUGAGGGUUCUCCCAGGCGAGAAAACAAUUCGCAUGCACUAUGCCAACUGCAACACGUAUAACGCCGACUUUGACGGUGACGAGAUGAACAUGCAUUUCCCGCAGAACGAGGUUGCGCGAGCCGAGGCCCUGCAAAUCGCCGACACCGACCACCAAUACCUGUCUGCCACGGCCGGAAAGCCUCUCCGUGGUCUCAUUCAGGACCAUAUUUCCAUGUCUGUGGCCCUCUGCAACCGCGACACCUUCUUCACCCGCAGCGACUACCAUCAGCUCGUCUACGCCGCCCUGCGCCCCGAAAGCGGUCACAUCCUAGGCGAGCGUAUUCAGUUAGUGGCCCCUGCCGUCAUCAAACCCGCACCCCGCUGGACUGGCAAGCAGGUCGUCACCACGAUCCUCAAAAACAUGCAGCCCCCCAACUGCGGCGGUCUAACCAUGAAGAGUGAGUGUCAGCUCAAGGCUGAGCAGUGGGGUGCUGGGUCGGAGGAGGGCACCGUCAUGAUUCAGGACGGCGAGUUCAUCACUGGUAUUCUGGACAAGAGCCAGAUCGGUCCCAGUAGUGGUGGCCUGGUACACUCGAUUCACGAAAUCUACGGCCCAGCCAUUGCCGGGAAGCUGCUGAGUAGCCUUGGUCGACUUUUGACAAGAUACCUCAACGCCCGCGCCUUCUCUUGCGGUAUGGAUGAUCUAAAACUCACCGCGCAAGGCGAAGCUGCACGCAAGGAGGCACUGGUGGCCGCUGAGACGGUUGGUCUCGAUGUGGCCUCGCGCUAUGUGUCAAUUGAGGAUUGCAAGAGCGCCUCGGACCCGCUGCUUCUAGAGAGACUUGAGCAAGUCGUCCGUGACGAUAAGAAGCAGGAGAACCUGGAUCUCAUGAUAAACAGCAAAGCCAGUGAAGUCACCAAUGCCGUCCAGAAGGCGUGUAUCCCUAACGGUCUCGAGAAGCCUUUCCCGCGCAACCAGAUGCAGUCUAUGACGACAUCCGGUGCCAAGGGAUCCAAAGUCAAUGCUUCGUUGAUUUCCUGCAACCUCGGUUCGCAGGUUCUUGAGGGUCGCCGUGUGCCCCUCAUGGUCAGCGGAAAGACUCUUCCCUGCUUCCGGCCGUUUGAGACGCACGUUAGGGCCGGUGGAUACAUUGUCAACCGUUUCCUUACUGGUCUGCGGCCGCAAGAGUACUACUUCCAUCACAUGGCCGGACGUGAGGGUCUGAUUGAUACUGCCGUCAAGACUUCACGCUCCGGGUAUCUCCAAAGGUGCGUCAUCAAGGGUAUGGAGGGCCUGAGUGUGUCGUACGACACGACUGUCCGCGACGCCGACGGCUCCAUGAUCCAGUUCCUCUAUGGAGAGGACGGUCUUGACAGCACCAAGCAAAAGUACCUCACCGACUUCAGCUUUGUCCUCGACAAUGUCACCUCGGAGGCUUCCCAGCUGAGGUACGACCCGAAGGUUGGCGAGCGCCUCAGCACGAACCGCGACAACAUCGCCAAGUACAUGAAGAAGGCUGUUAAGCACGCGCACCCGCGCGACCCCCAGUCCCGGGACCCCAUCCUUAACCUAUUCAACCCUGCCACUAAUGCCUUUGCCACGUCGGAGAAGUUCUACGAGGCCAUGACCAAGUACAUCAAGGAGAACAAGGACGGGCUGGUGCUCGACAAAUCGGACAAGUCCAAGGGCAAAUCAAAGGCGGCCCUUAACCGCAAGAAUGCCGAGAUGCUUUUCGCCAUGAAGUAUAUCCAGUCCCUUGUGGAGCCCGGAGAAGCCGUGGGAAUCGUCGCUGGCCAGUCGGUUGGUGAGCCAUCGACGCAGAUGACGCUCAACACCUUCCACUUGGCUGGUCACUCUGCCAAGAACGUGACGCUGGGUAUCCCGCGUCUGCGUGAAAUCCUGAUGACGGCCAGUAAGUCCAUCUCGACGCCGUCAAUGUCUCUGUACCCCAACCCCGAGCUUUCCCAAGAGAAUGCCGAGGUCUUUGCCAAGUCUAUCAGUGUGCUUCCGCUCUCCUUAAUCUUGGAUAACAUCUCGGUGCAAGAGAAGGUUGGGCGCGGACAGGGCUAUCCGAUUGCCAAGAUGUACAACAUCAAGCUCAACUUCUUCCCGUCGGACGAGUACUCCAAGACGUACGCCAUCUCUAUCGACGAUGUCAUGGACACGGUCGAGAAGAGGCUUCUGCGCAACAUCGUGGCUCUCGUCAAGAAGGAGCUCAGGAAGCGCAAGAACGACGCCAUGUUUGCGGCGGAUAAUAUCGGCGUCAAGUCUGGUGUAGUCGAGACUGCAGCUACUACGGCCCCGGCUGAGCGUGGAGAGGACGACGACGAUGAUGAAGAUGGCGAUGGCGAUGCCACGAGUGCCAAGCAGCAUGCCAACCGAAAUGAGGCUGUUUCGUACGGUGCCAACGAUGAAGACGACGAUGAGGUACAGCGCACAAUGGACAAGGCCGACGGCGUGGAUGACGACGACGAUGACGAGGGAGUGAACGGCGCCUUUGCUACGCCCAAGGGACGCCGGUCAAAGCAGGACGCCAGCGAUAGUGAGGAUGACGAUGAGGAUGACGCGGACGCUUCCAUCUCAGCAUCGGCACGGGCUAGAACGGACCGCGCUCUCGAGGCCUACGCUGACGUGCGCGGUUUUACGUGCGACGAAAAAGACGGCGCAUGGUGCAAGAUCAACCUGGAGUACCCGAGCUCUAUGCCCAAGCUCCUGAUGCUCAACCUGGUGCAGGACGCCAUCAAGAAGACGGUGAUCCAGCAGCUUCCCGGCGUUGGCACGUGCACCCUCGAGGCGGAUCCUGGCAAACCGCUCGUCAUCCACACCAACGGUGUCAACCUGCAAACGAUGCAAAAGUACAGCGACUUCAUCGACCCCAACCGCAUCAUGACCAACGACAUUGGCGCCGUGCUCGAAGUGUACGGUGUCGAGGCUGCACGUGCCAAUAUUGUCAGCGAGCUAGCUGGCGUCUUCGGAUCCCACGGUAUCAAGGUCGACUACCGCCAUCUCAACCUGAUUGCCGACUACAUGACGAGGGGUGGUGACUUCACACCCUUCAACCGCAUGGGUCUAAGGAGUAACGUCAGUCCCUUUACCAAGAUGAGUUUCGAGACCACGCUCGGCUUCCUCAAGGACGCUGUUCUCGACGGUGACUGGGAUGACCUGACUACGCCUAGUAGUCGGCUCGUCAUGGGUAGGCUGAGCAAGGUGGGAACAGGAGGUUUUGAUGUUCUCACCCAGCUCCCCACCCGCUACGAUGACACCAUGGUUUAA